AUGUCGACGGCACAAAAUAUACCUUCAGAACUCAUUGUCCACAUUUUAAAAUAUCUGUCCCAUCCAUCCGACCUUUCGAGCUGUGCACUGUCCUGCAAGUCAUGGAGCCUCCAUGCAGUUGAACUACUCUGGUACAAACCCAAUUUCGUCCGAUCGUCAGCCUGGGUGAGCUUUUGCAACGUCUUAGAACAAGCGAAUCGGCCCAAACUAUUGUUUCCUUAUACGAGCUUUAUCCGCCGAAUCAACCUGUCGUUGUUGGCUACGCACGUUCAAGAUGCUCACCUGACCAGUCUGCACGAAUGCGAACGGUUAGAACGGGUCACGUUGACCGGUUGCUCGAACCUAACGGAUGACGGCAUAACAGGCUUUUUGGGAAAUAAAGUGCGGAGGUGUCUCGUAUCGAUGGAUCUCGGUGAUGUGACAAACGUCACCGACGUCAGUAUUAAGCGAAUAGCCGAGAUAUGUCCAAAUCUGCAAGGCCUCAAUCUCAGCAUGUGUAAAGAUGGGCCGCGGCGCUUUGAGAGCAUUACGGAUGAAGGUGUCGUCAUGCUAUCAGAGUCCUGUGUUGGCUUACGAAGGAUCAAACUAAACAACUGCGUCAAAGUAUCCGACCCGUCUGUCGUGUCAUUGGCAAAACACUGUCCGGCACUACUCGAAAUCGACCUUAUGAACUGUGAGAUUACCAACAAGUCACUGCUGGAGGUGUUCAAGUACAGCGGUGAGCUUCGUGAGUUCCGCCUGAACAACUGCACCGAGAUUACGGAUUCCGCCUUUACGGAGUCUGCGCUGACCAUACUGCCAACGACGGGCAACCACUACUACGACCAACUGCGCAUCCUAGACCUGACAUCGAUCCAGUCCAUCACCGACAGCGCCGUGCGCCAGAUCAUCGCAGCAGCACCCAAGAUCCGCAACCUUGUGCUGAACAAAUGCCACAACAUCACCGACGAAAGCGUGCUUGCGAUCUGCCACCUGGGCCGCUACCUGCACUAUCUGCAUUUGGGCCACUGUCUCCGACUGACGGAUUAUUCCAUUGUCGAAUUGGCACGUCAUUGCACCCGCAUUCGGUAUCUGGAUCUGGCCUGCUGUGGCCAGCUCACGGACCGCUCCGUCGUGGAAUUGGCCACACUGCCGAAAUUGAAACGGAUCGGACUGGUCAAAUGCCAAAAUAUCACGGAUCAGGCUAUUUAUGCGCUCACGAGUCAUGCACGGAUCGCCAAUUCGCUUGAACGAGUGCAUCUUAGCUACUGUUCACGGCUCACGAUACCCGCUAUCAUGCAGCUUGUCAAUUUCUGCGAAAAGCUCACCCAUUUGAGUCUCACAUCAGUACCUGCAUUUCUGCGGCCUGACUUCCAACGGUUCCGUCGCACGCCACCAAAAGAGUUUUCACCACAGCAGCGAAGUGUCUUUUGCGUGUUCUCUGGACGCGGUGUACGGGAUUUGCGAGCCUAUUUGAAUCAAUUA